CGGGGGCGGGGGGGAGGGGCACGGAGGCCGGGAAGGCUACGCGAGCCGGCGACCGUCGGUUCCGGCUUGGGGACGGGGGCGCGCGUGCGCACGGCGUGGCCCCCGGCCGGCGUCCGUGUUCCGAGCGCGUCCUCGUCCUUUUCCCCGAGGGUCGCGUCGGCGGGCGAGGCGCACGCGGGUGGAGGGGCGCUGUGGGACGGAGCGAGCAGCCAGGGCCCAGGCCAUGGCGGACAGCAGAGAGCCCCGCGCGGCCGUCGAGGCGGAGCUGGACCCCGUGGAGUACACGCUCCGGAAGCGUCUCCCGCACCGCCUGCCGCGCAGGCCCAACGACAUCUACGUCAACAUGAAGACGGACUUCAAGGCCCAGCUGGCCCGCUGCCAGAGGCUGCUGGACGGGGGCGGCCGGGGCCAGGGCGCGUGCGCCGAGAUCUACAUCCACGGCUUGGGCCUGGCCAUCAACCGCGCCAUCAACAUCGCCCUGCAGCUGCAGGCCGGCAGCUUCGGGGCCCUCCAGGUGGCCGCCAAUACCUCCACCGUGGAGCUGGUGGAUGAGCUGGAGCCGGACACCGACGCCCGAGAGCCGCUGACCAGGAUCCGGAACAACUCGGCCAUCCACAUCCGGGUCUUCAGGGUCACGCCCAAGUAAUGGAAGCGAAGCCGCGCUCACGCCCCGGCUCCCUGGCGUCCGGGCUCGCCCGCGCGGCGCUCGUUCGGGCGAGGACCUGCCGCCAGAGCCUCGCAAGGGCAAAGCGCGGCGCUUCAGCCUCGAGGACUGCAAAUGAGCCCGGAAGUGCAUCCUCCCCGCCCCGAACAAUAAAAGCGCCCGUUUGUGCUGCUGCCCGGCCCGCA